GACUGACCAUCUCUUGUCACCAAACGUAGAACAUGAACCCUUCGUCGACGUUCGCACUGCCACCACACUUGGCGGCGUGGGUCGGAAGCGGAAAACGAAUGCCAGCGUCGAUUGCCAACUCGUGUAACAUCUUCCAAGCGUUGCGGCAUUUGAAUUUGUACGUUCAACCUGGCACCCAAAGCAACUCCAAAGAACUUUGUACGAUGUGUAUCAAACUCGCUCGAGGUCUUGAUCAUGCACUUACCAAUGGCGAAUAUCCGGAAAUAGCUAAUAAUCUGCCUAUGUUGAUGAAACAGAUUUGUCAUCGAAACCAUGAUGAGGAAUCACAAGCAGCGAUAACGGUUUUGAUGAUGUCUGUAAAGAAUGCCUGUAAAUUUGGAUGGUUUCCAAAGAAAGAUUCAGAAGAACUUUUAGCCAUUGCGGAUCAGCAAGGAAAGAUCUACAGCACUAUGGAGAAUGUAAAUGAUGGACCUAGUUCUUGCCAUUCCACAAUAUCAAAAAUAAUGGAGAGGUUCUAUCCGACAAUGAAUCUGGAACCAAUACUUGUGUCAAUUGAAGCCAAGCCUGGAUAUGGAGCUUCUGCUGUUGACUUCCAUAUUACAAAGAGUAGUUUUGUACCAGAUAAAAGAAUUUGCUUAUUGGUGGCGCAAACUGAUAACAUUGAGACAUCUGCAUGCCUUAUCAAUCCUCCGGAAGUGACUUUUCUCCUCAAUGGAAUAGGGGUAUUCAAAAGGACUUGCGUUCCAAUGGAAACUGGACCUCAGAUGCCAACUAAUGUGACUAGCAUGCUUAAAUUUGGGACAAAUCUUCUUCAAGCUGUGGGUCAGUUCAAUGGGCAUUAUCUUAUAGUUGUUGCCUAUUUAAGUGGCAAAUCCUUGCCUAAGCAUCUGAUUCUUCAAGAUUAUGUUCAGCCUGCUGUAACUUCUGUUUAUUCAGAUGUUACUGAGAGGGAAUCACGAAUCUCACUUAAUUGUCCCAUAAGUUUGACUCGCAUCAAAACUCCCGUGAAAGGGCAUUCAUGCAAACAUUUCCAGUGUUUUGACUUUCACAACUUCAUUCAUAUAAAUUCAAAGAAGCCAUCCUGGCGCUGCCCUAGUUGCAAUCAGUAUGUCUGCUAUGCAGAUAUUCGUCUUGACCGAAACAUGGUUGAGAUCCUGAAAAAUGUUGGUGAGAACAUUGUCGACGUGACUGUACUUGCAGAUGGAUCGUGGACGGCAGUCUUGGAAAAUGAUUAUCAUGUGGCUAAGAUAAAGGAUAAAGCCCCCAACUGUGAAAAGGAACAGGCUGAACUGCAAGAAUCUACUUGUUCUCCUAGUACUGUUGCCAAUGUUUUGGACCUCACCUGCUAUGAUGAUCAUUUGGACAUGAUGGAGACUUGUGAAACUGAAGAUAGAAAACCUUUCCAGGAAUCUGUUGCUAGUCAAAAUGUCACCCCAAGUUUAACUUACUCGGGAAUGAACUCUACCGCUGUUCAUGAAAAUGUUGCUGCUCACAUAGAAGAUGACUUUGGGUCUAGAGAUUAUAUUGCUCGUGCACCAGUUGGUGUCUCCGAGCAUCCUGUUCUGCCAGAUACCAUGUCUCCUGUAUCUAAUCUGGAAGCUGAGGGUCAUGGCAUUAUCCAAGCCAUUAACUCUGCCCCGCAUAAUCAAUUUACUUCACCAUAUAAUUUUCAGAUGCAGUCGAAUAUAAACUCAGUGGCUAACGAGUAUGGGAGAUCAUCUUCUAUACCAAGACACAUUAGUAGAAUUCCUGUAGCUAUUCAGGGCCUCCCAGUCCAAUCACAGCUGUCGGGACCACAGCAAAAUUCAGUAACUAAUUUGAAUUCCUUGCUACUCAGUGGUUCCUCCUCUCCUCAUGUUUCUUUGACGAAUCCAGCCUCUAUAGAUGUUAAUAUCUUAAUGAAUGAUAUGGAUGUCCGGCAACUUCUUACUCAGUACCCACUUACUAUGGCUCAGGUCUCAGGUGUAAAUUCAUCUGCAUUGCAGAACCACUCAACAAUACAGAACCGAGGGCCAUCAGUUGUUAAUAUGUCAGCACGAACUCAAUCGCAAAACCCACUAAGACCAACUCAGAACCGAGGGCCAUCAGUUGUUAAUAUGUCAGCACGAACUCAAUCGCAAAACCCACUAAGACCAUCUGGAUUUUUUAGUGAAUUGGGAAAUCCACACUUGCAGCAAGCUCUGAAUCCCAGACCACUUCAACCAAUGCAAUCUUGGCCCUGGAUGCAGCAAGGUGGUUCACAAACUGGUGUUGCUCAGGCAGCUGCAGCUACAGCAAAUAUCCAACAAGCUAGGGUUGUGGCUUCUGGCAGACAAGGAAGUUCUCAAGCUGGGAUUGUUCAGACAGCUGGAACUAAUUCCAGUUUACAGCAAGCUAGAUUUAUGGCUGCUGCCCAUGCGUCCAGACAGUCACAAUCUUCUACAGCUCAAUAUCAAUCACCCGCAGCAGCUGUACAGUCAGUUUCUAGGCCUGAAGAUUUGUUCAGUUCGCAGCCAGACCAGAACUGGCGUCCUACACGGCGAAUGCGUGGAAGUAUUGAUCUUGGAAGUCAGCAGUAUUCUGAGGCUGUAAGGCAGCAAAUAAUCAUGCCUACACAACCAGUUCAAAGUUCAAGACCACAAGGUCCACCACUGGUUCCAGUUCAAAGUUCAAGACCGCAAGGUCCACUACCAGUUCCAGUUCAAAGCUCAAGACCACAAGUUCUGCCACCACCACUUCGGCCAACAUCGAAAUAAUAGAAAUGCUGGAAAUUAUUCUCCUAGUACGUAAUAUUUUACGAAGCCUCUACUUGGUUGAUUUAAGAUAGCUUCACUUCAGUCUCUUCUGAGCUUAGGCUGUAAAUACAUUCAUCUAAUAGAUAUAUGGGGUAACACAAGUACAUGUUUUAUUUUGUUCACCACAGAAUUGAAAGAGGUUUUUUUUUUAACAAUGGAGGAAUUGAAUUAUCAUGGAGUGGACAAUUCAAGUACAUGUUUUAUUUUGUUCACCACAUGAGGACGUGAAAUCAGGAUCUCAUUCACCCUCCAUUCUCAUGUGCUAGGAUUUAUAUAUUCGUGUUCCAAUUAGAGAGAUUUUUCAACGUUUACCACGUUUUUGUAAAUUGUAACCGGUGCCUUUUAUUUUAUUUCUUUAACAAAAAUGAGA